GCGAGUCUAUGAAUUUUCUAGGCUAAUCAUGGCAGGCUGCUGUAACAGCAGCACUCAAACAACAGGUAAGUCUGAUCUAUUUUAACUCACACUAUUGUGGUCUCCUUUUUAAAAGCUUGCUUCAAGUUAGACAAUCUUUUAUUAUCAUCAAGAUGUCAAAAAGGUCAAAUGUACAUGCCAUUGAAAAUUAUGAAACUCAAAACUUUUCAGGCUCAAAGAUUGAUGUCAGCUUUAAAAGGUUAAAUGUAUUACACAGCGUAACCAAAAUGAAUCCACACACUGUUGUAGGCUCCUAAAAAACAUGUAUGAGCCUACAACAGAGUGUGGGUUCAUUUAGUUUACUUUGAACUAUUUAUUCAACUUAGUGUCUUCUGGAGGUAUAGACACAUCUUGUUUUUGUUCCCCAUAGUUUUUGGUAUUUUCUGCGGGUCUUUUGAGCUGUGGAUCCUACUGGCAGUUGUCUGCACAAUGUUGGUAUUUUCAGUGUGCUGGAUAAUUAUUUGCUGUAUCGCAACACAAUGUACAGGUAAGGCUGAAGUCAAGAGUUAACACUACCUCUGAUAAACAAAUAUCUACGUAACUGACAGAGAACACUCUUUUGUUGUUACAGAUAAAGGGAAGAUAUUUCUACCCCGCUUCAGAAGGAGGUGUGUGUCUAAUUAAUUAUAGACAAAAAGGUUGAUUGACUGAUACAUUUUACACUAAAAGCAUGUCGAACAUCUCAUUCCAAAAUCAUGGGCAUUAAUAUGGAGUUGGUUCCACUUUUGCUGCUGUAACAGCCUCCAUUCUUGUGGUAAGGCUUUCCACUAGAUGUUGGAACAUUGCUGCGGGGACUUGCUUCCAUUCAGCCACAAGAGCAUUAGUGAGGUCGGCACUGAUGUUAGGCGAUUAGGCCUGGCUCGCAGUUGGCGUUCCAAUUCAUCCCAAAGGUGUUCGAUGGGGUUGAGGUCAGGGCUCUGUGCAGGCCAGUCGAUCUCGACAAACCAUUUCUGUAUGGACCUCGCUUUGUGCACGGGGGCAUUGUCAUGCUGAAACAGGAAAGGGCCUUCCCCAAACUGGUUCCACAAAGUUGGAAGUACAGAAUCGUCUAGAAUGUCAUUGUACACUGUAGCGUUAAGAUUUCCCUUCACUGGAACUAAGGGGCCUAGCCCGAACCAUGAAAAACAGUCCCCGACCAUUAUUCUGCCUCCACCAAACUUUACAGUUGGCACUAUGCAUUCGGGCAGGUAGCGUUCUCCUUGCAUCUGCCAAACCCAGAUUCGUCCGUUGGACUGCCAGAUGGUGAAGCGUGAUUAAUCACUCCAGAGAACGCGUUUCCACUGCUCCAGAGUCCAAUGGUGGCGAACUUUACACCACUCCAGCCGACGCUUGGCAUUGCGCAUGGUGAUCUUAGGCUUGUGUGCAGCUGCUCAGCCAUGGAAGCUCCAGACGAACAGUUAUUGUGCUGACGUUGCUUCCAGAGGCAGUUUGAAACUCAGUAGUGAGUGUUGCAACCGAGGACAGACGAUUUUUACACGAUACGUGCUUCAGCACUCUGCGGUACCGUUCUUUGAGCUUGUGUGCCCUACCACUUCACGGCUGAGCCGUUGUUGCUCCUAGACGUUUCCACUUCACAAUAACAGCACUUACAGUUGACUGUGGAAGCUCUAGCAGGGCAGAAAUUUGGCGAACUGACUUGUUGGAAAGGUGGCAUCCUAUGACAGUGCCACGUUGAAAGUCACUAAGCUCUUCAGUAUGGGCUAUUCUACUGCCAAUCUUUAUGUAUGGAGAUUGCAUGGCUGGGUGCUCAAUUAUGUACAAAGGGUGUGGCUGACAUAGCCGAAUCCACUAAUUUGAAGGGUUGUCCACAUCUGAUGGGACUGCAAUGAAUGAUGCAGAGCCAAAUAUAUAGACAGAUUUAGAUAUUUUCCAAAAUCAAAUCACAUUUUAUUUGUCACAUGCUUCUUAAACAACAGGUGUAGAGUAACAGUGAAUUGCUUACCUACGGGCCCUUCCCAACAAUGCAGAGAGAAAGAAAAUAGACAUUUAUAUUGAAAAAUAUAUGGCUUUGGAUUGAUUGUUUAUUGUCUUUAUUCAUUUUGAGAUUAAUUUAUCUGGUUUAAUCAUAAUGAUAUUGAACUAUUACAUUCUAAUAUCUGCUUUGCUAAUGACCUCACUGUUUCCUCUCUCCUCAUCCUCGAUGGGAAUCAACCAGUCUUAGUCUGAGAGUGAGGGAUAUGGAGGACAACCCUAUCUAUGGGAACAUCAGCUACACCCAGACUAGUGAGAAGAAGUUCCCACAAACUACUUGCUUGCAAAAUGUCUUACGUUUUUAAUUUUGAAUGUCAAGGUUUCAAUGUUGUCAGAGGAUUCAUAAGCCCCAAACAGCAAAACAUUGUGACUUGUAAUGAAAUGAAACAGGUCAUUUUUUGUUCCAAAUUAGUUUCUGAUAUAAACUCUUAGAAAAAAGGGUUCCAAAAGGGUUCUUCGGCUGUCCCCAUAGGAUAACCCUUUUUGGUUACAGGUAGAACCUUUUGGGGUUCCAUGUAGAACCCUCUGUGGAAAGGGUUAUCCUAUGGGACAGUCAAAGAACCCUUUAGGUUAUAGAUAUCACAUUUUUUUCUAGGAGUGUAGUUACUGUAUAGUUACAUGUAAUUACACCAAGAAAAUUAAACUCCAUGUCACUACACGCUAUCUGUGCAUUACAAUGUAAUGUGAUGAGUGACGCAGAAUUUAAUGAUAAUUUUUCUCACGACUGGUGUCUCUUUGUUGACAGGAGACCUCCCACUCAGUUCCUCAUCUGUCAGAGAUCGCCAGGUCAAAAGUGGCUCUCAGGUGCUACUUUUUCUAUACCUUCUCCUUGUGAAGCACAAUGUCUCCUGCUAUUGUUCAUUAUUUUACCUAGAUCUUUAUGUCAUGUAUAGUAGGCCCAUACCAAAAACCUAUACAGUACAUUAAACAUAACCACUUCCCCAGGCUCAAUUGCUAGAGAGAGCAGGCUGGUGGACAAGAUUGUAUUGAACAUACAUUUACCAUGUUUCUUCCUUAUGUCAGGCGCCCUCCAAAGGUCAGGACUGUUAUGCCAACCUGACUCUGAAGGCCCCCAAGCUGGUGUCUGGCCGCAGCUCCCCACAGCCCCAGAUUAAAUACUCUGACGUGGUGACACUACAGGGGCCACAGGAAGCGGAGAAGGUGACCGUUGCCAACAACAACGCUGACUCGGUCUCUGUGCUCUCUGACCUGUACGCUUCAGUGCAAACGGACCGUACCAAAACCCUGGACACAGCGGAUGGCAAUGACGGCUAUGCCAACCAUGUC